ACAACAUCCAGAAGAUUCUUUUUGAUUUAUCAAAUUAUAAUUCUUAAAGAAAAAAAAAAAAAGAUGAGAAUUGUUAAAUACACAUCUGUUAUAACGAGACUCCAAUCAAUAAGAAAUUUAUCAGCUAUGGCUGGAAAUCAAGAUUGGAAAGCAGCCAAGUCAAUUUAUGACUUUGAGGCAACAAAUAUCAAAGGAGAAGUUGUACCUUUGUCAAACUACAAAGGUCACGUUUGUUUGAUCGUAAAUGUCGCAUCAAAAUGUGGAUAUACUGCAUCAAAUUACAAACAGCUGAAUGAACUUUACGAUCAAUUUGCUGAGAGUAAAGGUCUUAGAAUUUUGGCCUUUCCAUGUAAUCAAUUUGGUGGCCAAGAACCUGGUGGAACUGAUGAAAUUUGUUCAUUUGCUGAUCGCCAAAAGGUGAAGUUUGAUUUGUUCGAAAAGGUCAAUGUUAAUGGUGACGAUGCUCAUCCAUUAUGGAAGUUUUUGAAAAAACAAAAAGGCGGUUUGUUAAUUGAUGCUAUCAAAUGGAAUUUCACAAAAUUCAUCAUUAAUAAAGAAGGAAUACCAGUUGCUCGUGAAGGUUCAAACACAGAACCACACAAACUUAUUCCAAUUCUUGAAAAAUAUUUUUAAACUGAUGCACAAAUAUUGAUAAUAUUUAACUUGAAAAAAACAUGUUCAAUAUAUAUUUCAAACUGCCUUGACACAAAAAAAUACACACACACAAUAAAAUAAUAUCUAUUUUUCAUAUUAAACAAUGAAAAUAUAUAAAUACUUGUAUCAAUUUCUAAGAACAUUAAUAAAUUGUAUAAUAUAAUUUGUUAAUUUUCAUAAAAUCAUAAAUGUAAUAUUAUAAAUGUUGAGGCAUUUUUUUUUUUUUUUUUCUAUUUUAAAAUAAAAUAAUAUGUAAUCACUCAAGAAGAAAAAC